AUGCCCGACGUUGAAAACAUCCAACGCUUGAGCUACGUUUCGCUCAUCACGUCCAAUCACGACAAGUUUUUGCAACUGUACCAAUUCUACUCCAAGUUGGGGUUCAGAUUGACCAAGAAUUUCUCAAGGGUAACUACAGAUGGAGGCGCGGGAGGAGUAUCAGGUGCAUACAAGCCGCAAAUGCAGCUUGGUGUAUCGAAAGAUUCGUUGCGCGAAGUAUGGCUCGAGUCGUACCCGUUGCAGGAAUUGGACGAGAAUGGGAACUUGCGUCCGUGGCAGGAAAUGAGGGUGUAUAGUGGUGAUAAUUGCGAGAGAUUGACUGAUACUACUGUGAUCAAGAUUCGAUUGUCGAAUGAGGAGCAAUUGAAGCCCGGUACCGAAAAGAGGUUUAUCUUUUUCAGUACUGAUUUGAAGAAGGUAAGGGGAUUGUUGAAGGAGAGCCGUAUUGAGUUGGAGACUGAUAAUGAUCAUGGGUUUCAUGUUCGCGACCCAUUGGGCAAUUAUUUGCAAUUUUCAAACACGAGAAACGUAUUGGAGCUGAAACAGUAUCAUUCAGCGCAAGAGUUUAUCACUGACGCAGAGGCCACAAUUUUGAAAAAUACCCACAAGAAGCAACUCAAGUCGGAGAUUGAUUUAGUCAUUGACGAAGAACAACCUUUUGUUGAAGGGGGCAAGAAGAAAAAGAUUGCUGUCAUGACUUCAGGAGGUGAUGCGCCAGGAAUGAACCCUGCAGUCAGGGCAGUUGUGCGUGCGGGUAUAUACUAUGGAUGUGAUGUGUAUGCCGUGUAUGAAGGGUACGAAGGGUUGGUUAAAGGUGGCAACUUGUUGAAGCAGAUGGAUUGGUCCGAUGUGCGUUCUUAUUUAUCUCUUGGUGGUACUGCUAUUGGGACUGCUAGAUGCAAGGAGUUUAGAGAGCGCGAAGGAAGAUUACAAGCGGCAUAUAAUAUGGUUGUCAAUGGUAUUGACGCAUUGGUUGUGAUUGGUGGUGAUGGAUCCUUGACUGGAGCUGAUUUGUUUAGAAGCGAAUGGCUGUCAUUGAUUGAAGAAUUGGUCAAGACUGGGAAAUUGACAGCGGAGCAAGUUAAGCCAUACCAGCAUCUUACUAUUGUUGGUUUGGUGGGGUCUAUUGAUAACGAUAUGUCGGGAACUGAUGUCACAAUUGGGGCAUAUUCUGCAUUAUCAAGAAUCACAGAAAUGGUUGAUUACAUUGAUGCAACGGCUUCAUCACACUCACGAGCUUUUGUGGUUGAAGUGAUGGGUAGACAUUGUGGUUGGUUGGGACUCUUGUCGGGGUUGGCCACGGGUGCCGAUUACAUAUUCAUACCUGAACGCCCACCAAAAGCUGGUGAAUGGAAACAAGAGUUGAAGGAAAUUUGUGCUAGACAUAGGGAAUAUGGUAGAAGAAAGACUACGGUUAUUGUAUCUGAAGGGGCUAUUGAUGAUGAGUUGAAUCCAAUUACUUCGGAGCAGGUGAAGCAAGUAUUGGUUGAAAUUGGAUUAGAUACAAGAAUCACAAUUUUGGGCCAUGUGCAAAGAGGAGGCACUGCCGUUGCCAUUGAUAGAAGAUUGGCCACAUUGCAAGGGGUUGAAGCUGUUCGCGCAGUGUUGGACAUGACUCCAGAUACUCCGUCCCCCAUGAUUGGUAUCGUGAAACACAAGAUUGUGCGUACUCCAUUAGUGGAUGCAGUUGAGCACACCAAGGCGGUUGCCACUGCCAUUAAAAAUAAGGAUUUCGAUAAAGCCAUGAGCUUGAGAGAUGCCAAUUUCGCCGAGUCUUACAAGUAUUACCAAUCGAUCACGACUUUCGAUGAUGGAUCGAAGCAGUUGGCAGAAGAUCGGAGAUUAAAUAUUGCUGUUGUGCAUGUUGGUGCCGCUUCUGCUGGGUUGAAUGCCGCCACUAGGGCACUUGCUUUGCAGAGUAUAUCUCGCGGACACACCUUGUAUGCGGUGACCAAUGGGUUUUCAGGUUUGGUCAAGGGCCAAUUACGGAAAUUGAACUGGUUGGAUGUUGAAGGGUGGCAUAGUAGGGGUGGAAGUGAGAUUGGAACCAAUCGGUCUUUGCCAUCGCAAAAUUUUGGUGAAGUUGCUUACUAUUUGCAAAAAUUCAAUAUACAAGGACUAUUGAUUGUGGGUGGGUUUGAGGCAUUCACGGCGUUGCAUGAGUUGCAUGACCAACGUGAUAAUUAUCCAAUUUUCAAAAUCCCCAUGGUUGUCAUUCCAGCAACCAUUUCAAAUAAUGUUCCGGGAACUGAGUAUUCGCUCGGUUCAGACACAUGUAUGAAUGAGUUGGUGACGUAUUGCGAUGCCGUUCAACAAUCUGCCUCAUCGAGUCGUCGAAGAGUGUUUGUGGUUGAAGUACAAGGAGGACACUCCGGAUUCGUUGCCGCUUACUGUGGAUUAAUCACUGGUGCGUUGGCUACAUAUACGCCAGAGACUAGAAUCACGUUGAAGGAGUUGCAGCGUGAUAUUGAUCUUUUGUUUAAAGUGUUUCAAAGUGAUCGUGGUGAGGACCAUAAUGGUAAAUUGAUUAUCCGUAAUGAGCAGGCGUCAAGUGUGUACACGACGGAGUUGAUUGGUGAUAUAAUUAAGGAAAAUGCCCAGAAUCGAUUUGAAACGAGGACAGCGGUGCCGGGACAUGUGCAGCAGGGGUAUACGCCAUCAGCGGCAGAUCGUGUGUAUGCAGUUCAGUUUGCGUUGAAGGCACUUGAGUUUAUUGAGCAGUAUAAUCGAUGUGUUGAUGAUGCCCAUAUUGUGAUGCAAGAGGACAAGGCAGGAGGAGGAGGAGGAGCUGGUGCAGAGGGAUAUGGAAGAGAGGGAGAUGAGGAUGAAGAGGACAGAGAGGAGGAGGAUGAGUAUGAUAUUGAUUUCAGUCCUAAGCAUUCGCAAGUUGUUAUUGGUAUCCAAGGAUCGUUGUUGCAGUUUACUAGUGUGAAGAAGUUGUAUGAUUUUGAAGCUGAUGUUAAGUUGAGGAAAGGUAAGACUGUGCAUUGGAAGAAUAUUAUUGAGGUGGAGGACAUGUUGAGUGGUAAGUCUUUGUUAAAGCGGAAUGCUCGUGGAUGA